CUGAAUAGAGAGGUGAUAUCAUUCACGGCAGCAAUACUCACGAUCAGUUUGGUUCUGAACUUGGCCGUGAGUAGUAGAUAGUGUAUAGUUCGUUCGGUUCCCCAUCAUCAUCAAAUCCAGAAAUGUGGCGAAUAAUUAUUUGCGCAGUGUUGUUGCUGGUAGCCACAGCAGCUAAUGGACAGCAGUUGGAAGAGAAACCUACAUCAAAUAUCGUCGAAAAAGAAAAGGACCCACCGCCACCGGCAUCAGCACUUGGAGAAACCACAGUUAUUAUCCAAGAGCUAUCAACUACGCCACCUUCUCUGCCAACCAACAAACCAACUGAAAUUCCUUCCCAGCUUGCUAGUGAAGUUACAAAGCCUCCACUUGAAGUGGAAUCACCUUCUGCAACCCUCCCAGUCGAACAAUCAGAGGAAGAAAACACAAUUGUCGAUCCAAAGAGACGAGUUAUCACCUACGACCAGCGGCAAGAGGGUCAAUACAACAUUCGAGCUGACCUAGAAAAUUUCAUGAUCGUCUUCAUUCCACCAAGCCCGGUGGAUGGCGUGAAUUUAAUCGAUCUCCUAUCGAAAUCCACAAAACGAACCAAGUCGUCUCACAAGAAAUACCAUCCGGAAUCUGGUUCCAAAUACCGGCAGUCACUAAAGUCAGGAGCAGGAAGCCAGAACUUCAAUUUUCUAGCACGCCAUCACCAGUCUCAGCAAUCUCAGAGUCCUCACAUCAUCAUUGAGGAGCAUCAACCUUCGGCAAGAAUUGCAGAAUAUAUCGAGGGAAGAACUCCCUACAGAGUUGACAUCUCCAGCACUCAUUCUGAUCUGGAACAACUGCAGCAGGAGCAUCAUCAACAUCAACAGCAACAACAACAGUUCCAACAACAGCAGCCCCACGGACCCCAAGUCGACGUUCUACCACCGCCCUAUCCACUAUCCUACCAUCAUUUGAUAAAACCGUUCCAUCUAGAAGCUGAACCCACAGUGAUUCAAGCCCUACCCCCUCAAUCUGCUCAACAGAAUAGUGGCAGCAAGUUUAUGGACUCCAAUGGCAACUUCUUUCGAAUGGCCCGAGCCAUCCAGGGUGGACUCUAUGGCCUGUUGUCGUUAGACUCCAAUCGGGUCCAGCCACGGCAGCGCACUAUAUUUGACGAACAACUCCUUAGCACCCUCGAUGAUGAUGAUAGUGACGACAACGAAGAAGUAGGUGAAUCACGUACAGUCGAUUUGCCAUUGACAAAUGACAGACUCGAGGAGGCUGUCCACAACUACGUCUAUCCACCACUAAAUCCGUUACGUUUCAAUCCGGAAAUCCUGGACUUGCACUCCAGGUCAAUGCAUUCAUCAUCACAAUACCCCAAGUAUCCAAGACCCAUUCAAAACGGUAACGCUAAUGCCAAUAACGACGACGACGACGAUGACAAUGACAACACCAGCAUCAGCGAGAGCAGCAACAGCAACGAGAGUGCAAAAACAACGGAAAUUGAAUUGAAACUACUUGGGGCUACAGAAGAAUGUGGACCGGAUAGAAAGCGAGAUAGUUAUGGGAUUUGCCGAUUUGCUGAGGGAUAUUAAAUAAUUUAUUAAACUCUUUACAAACAACAGCAACAAAAAAACAAUAAACAAAUGAACUGACUUUAAAUUUAAUUCGUAGCUUAGUAAGCACUAUUUUUAUUAUUAUUUUUAUUUUGUAAUUUAAAUUGAUUUAAAUUUUAAGUGUACGCGAAAAUGACGAAAGCACAAAAAGAUAUAAAUGUAGGUAAAUUUUAUAGUUUUCCGCCGCGUACUUCAACUAAACGAAGUACAUUUAAUUAAACAUUAUAUUACCUAUAAUUAUUUUUAUAUUUAUGUAUACCUAUUGUAGAUGUUUCUGUAGCUAAAACGAAAAGUAAUAAAUAAAUCAACAACAAAAUAACAAUUAUUAUUAUUAAUA